CUUCCGUCCCGCGUGGCCAGAACUUGAAAGAAAAGUGGACGUAGGAGGGAGUGAUGAUGCAAAAGUUACCCAAAAAUUGGGGCGGGGAAAGGAGGCUACAGUUAGGAAGGCGAACAAGCUGCAAAAGGAACAGCGGAAAGUUGGGAGGUCGGGAGGGUGCCCUGUUCCGGGGGAAGGAGCAAGUACCACAGCAGCGAGACUUUUCCCUUCUCUGAUUCAGGAAGGUGCUAGACAAAAACAUGGAAUUCAUUUCCCCAACAGUGGUUAUAAUCUUAGGUUGUGUUGCUCUUUUAUUAUUUCUUCAGUGGAAGAACUUGCGUGGACCCCCGUGCAUAGGGGGCUGGAUUCCUUGGAUUGGAGCUGGAUUUGAGUUUGGAAAAACCCCUCUAGAAUUUAUAGAGAAAGCAAGAAUCAAGUAUGGACCGAUAUUUACAGUCGUUGCUCUGGGCACCCGAAUGACCUUUGUUACUGAAGAAGAGGGAAUUAAUGUGUUUCUAAAAUCCAAAGAAGUAAAUUUUGAACUAGCAGUGCAAAAUCCCGUCUAUCGUACAGCAUCAAUCCCAAAGAGUAUCUUUUUAAAACUGCAUGAGAAACUUUAUAUCAUGGUGAAAGGGAAAAUGGGAACUUUCAACCUAUAUCGAUUCACUGGACAACUGACUGAAGAAUUACACGAACAGCUGGAGAAUUUAGGCCCUCAUGGGACCAUGGACCUGAACAACUUAGUGAGGCAUUUCCUUUACCCGGUCACAGUGAACGUGCUCUUUAAAAAAGGUCUGUUUCCCACAAAUGAGAGGAAAAUCAGGGAGUUCCAUCAGCACUUUCAAGCUUAUGAUGAAGGUUUCGAAUAUGGGUCCCAGUUGCCAGAAUGUCUCCUCAGAAACUGGUCAAAAUCCAAAAAGUGGCUUCUAGCACUUUUUGAGAAAAACAUUCCAGAUAUAAAAACAUGCAAAUCUGCAAAAGAUGAUUCCCCGACAGUAAUGCAGGCUCUGCUGGAUCUCCUAGAGAUGGAAACAAAUGAACAAAAGAGUCCCAAUUAUGGGCUCUUACUACUUUGGGCUUCUCUGUCCAAUGCUGUCCCUGUUGCAUUCUGGACAUUUGCAUUUGUCCUCUCUCAUCCCAAUAUCCACAGGACCAUUGUGGAAGGCAUAUCAUCUGUGUUUGGCACAGCAGGUAAAGAUAAGAUUAAAGUGUCUGAGGAUGACUUGAAGAAACUCCCUCUAAUUAAAUGGUGUAUUUUGGAAACCAUUCGUUUAAGAGCCCCUGGUGUCAUUACCAGAAAAGUGCUGAAGCCAGUUAAAAUUUUGAAUUACACCGUUCCUUCUGGUGACUUGCUGAUGUUGUCUCCAUUUUGGCUACAUAGAAAUCCAAAGUAUUUUCCUGAACCUGACCUGUUCAAGCCUGAACGUUGGAAAAAGGCAAAUUUAGAGAAGCAUGCUUUCUUGGACUGCUUCAUGGCAUUUGGGAGUGGGAAGUACCAGUGUCCUGGAAGGUGGCUGGCUCUGUUGGAGAUUCAAAUAUUUAUUAUUUUAAUAUUGUAUUAUUAUGACUGUAGUCUUCUAGACCCAUUGCCAAGACAGAGUUCUCUCCAUUUGGUGGGUGUCCAGCAGCCGGAAGGACAAUGCCGAAUUCAGUUUAAACAAAGAAAAUGACGUCUGCUGGGCCUAAGGAGGGCCAAGGCCUUCUUGGAGGAGUGACUGCCCCCCAUCCUCUAGCCUGGCAGCACCGAGACCUGAGUUUGACUGAAACGUAUCACUUAAUUUUGUUUAAGGAUUUAGUUCAAGACAAGGUCCAGAUGGGAUGUGUGUUUGGUAUCUCACGAGUAGACCAAGAAUCUGACAUCACUCUAUAUCUAUUGAUAUAGAGAUCCCAAUACAGGGUUUAUAGAAAAUGUUUCCAUGAUCCAAAAAAGAGGCACUUAUUAAGAAGUUGGAAUUUGGUUUCAUGCAUUACUGUAUCAAAACUUUAAAUAGAAAUAAUGUCACUUGAAUGAAAAUUUUACUAUAUUAAAUUUACUGUGAAGACGACAUACUUAAACUUCUAUUUUGCAAAAGGCUAAAAGUCUUAGACUCUAAAAAGUAUUAAAUAAUGAUUUCUGGAAAUUUUCUAUUUUUCUUAAUAUGAUUCUUAACUCUAGCAAUUGAAAUUCUUAAACCGCUAUUAAUAUAACUCUUUAUUCAACAUGUCUAACACUAAAAGUAUGAAUAAUAUGAUAGCUUUCUAACACCUGUGAGGUCAGGGAUCAUGUCUGACACUCAUUUCUACACUCAGCUAUGCCUAGGACAGCACCUUCUCUAUAGGACAUACCCAAUAUAUGUUAUGUUGAUUGGUGUACUGAUUUGUAUUUUAGUUAAGAUAAAAGGACUCCUUUGACUCAAGGUGUUUGUAAUUGUAGUUUGAGAUAAUAUUUUUCCUAAUUUAUAGAAACUCAAAUUAAAUGAUGUGUCAAGGCAAAUAACAACUUUUCAAUCUAUUACUUAAGACUUUUGCCUGAAACACUUACUAUGAAAUCCAGAAAAGAAAUCCUAUCAUGUUCAGGGAAAAUAUAUGAUACUAAUAACAGCAUGAUCGAUGAUGUCAUGAUUUGUCCUCUAACAGUCAAUGAAAUGCCGCCUGCCUCCUUGAUUUCACAAUAAGUAAGUUUUGGAGUGCAUGUUGUCCUCUGGAUUAUUUGCUCCCCUGUGCGAGAAUUAUCUGGUGGGGUGGAUAACGAUUGCUUAGUCAUCUAUUUCCUACCAACGAGCAGAUGACUCCCUAGGAGAAAAUUAAGUACUUUGGAAUGCAUUAACUCUCCGGGACUAAUACAGUGAUUUUGAAGCUUAGCUGGCAGUUUACAGCGUAGCUUAGCAGGCGCGGAGGUCUGGAGACUGAAGGGGCUAAAGAAAGCAGCUUAGAAUCCACAGGAGAUCUGAGAAAGGCAGACAACUACCUGGCCGGUUCUUCUAAAUAUGGCAGGUGUGUUCCCAGGGAAGGCUUGUUCUCCCCCAAGCAGCUGAGGCCCACAGCCAUACACUGUAUUUGCGAAUAAUAAACACUUGAGCUGAAUUUGCAGACCCUCGGGUCAGUGUUUAUUUCCUUAUUAUUGCUUGGUAAGGAUGAACCUUAGCUGACAAGUUCAUGCACUUUAAAAAAACAGUGCAGAUGGAGGAGGUCUACUGACCUUUGAAAUGAUACAUGGUGAGAUGAAUAUACUUGGAGGUCCCUAUUUCUUUUUAUUUCCCUAGCCUGGGUUUCUAUAUUAUGUAUAUUAAUAUAAUGUAUAUUCAUAUAUAUAUAUAUAUAUAUGUAAAAAUACAUACAUUGGUAUACAUUUAUAUGUGUUAACUUGAGUUUUCCAGAAAGCAGAGUCUGAGACAGACUUGUGUGCAGUGCAGAUAAUUGAUUUGAGACGUGCUCCCAGGCGGCAGAAAUAAGGGAUCGGAAAGAAUACACCAUACUUGAGUUACGUUAUCAAGGCAGGGGCACAAAUUAUAACUUCAUUUUUACCUGGCAGCCUGAAACAAGGAAGAGUUCACGUAUUUACUGACAGAAUUGCAGAACUAAAUGGUGGUGCCCUUGGAAACUUGUAAUUAAAGCAGGAAAUGUGGAAGGAGGGGCCAUUAAAACUUAAAUUAGGAAGUCACCUGCUGAAACGGUGUCAGUGAAUGGCUCUGAGUCCCUCAGGGAUGGUGGAGCCAUGGAUGGAAGAUGUCUGGGUUGCUGAAUGACUGUGCAGAGAAGCGUGACCUCCUCCCAGCCCAACGCGCAUUGAAAUAAGGGAAACACCUGGGAGGCAAUGAAGGCUGAUAGAAUCGGGACUGGGCUGACCACGGGCAUGGAAGGAAAAGAAAUGACUGCGUGUACUCAUUCCAGUCAGUGGAACCUGCAAGCAAAGCCAAAGAUCAGUUACUGCGGGAGAGACACUUGUAGGCACACGAGCCCAAAGACAGCUACCAAACCAAAAGACUGAGCAAUGAAAGGUAAUAGUCUCCAUUCCAGGAGGUGGUGGCCGGAAUUAAAUGAGGUAACAAACGUAAGUGUUUUGGCCCUUCUACCUUAAACAAAGAACAACAAACUGGAACAAAAACAGUCAUGGAAAUUCAUGUUUACUGAAGUAGUGGUUGCUGGAUGUAUAAACAAGACCCAGCUUUCACGAAUCUCAGAUUAUAAGUUUGGACCAACCAACAAGAUGAUUUCAGAUAAUGAUUAAGUACUAUGAGAAAAAUUAAACAGAAUUGUGUGAUAGAAAUUGACUCAGUAAAUAUGAAGGGGGCAAAAAGAACUUUCAAUCAGAUGACCGGAAAAGUCCAGAGUGAUAAGGAAGAACCAGUGAUGGGACGAUCUAGAGUUGUUGUUGAAGAUUUCUUCAACAAGCACUGUUUUACAUUUAUUUGACUUAAAUUCAUAGAGCUCUAUUUAGUUCAUUCUGGAAGCAUUUUCUUCAGUUAUUAGUCCACAAGGUUUAUAGUCACAGAUGCAGUUUUCUUCCUAGAUCUUGCAAAACCUGGAAAUCCUCAGGCUUUGGGCUCUCCGGGGAACUAACUUUGAAAUUGUUGUAUUGAGCAAUGUUUUCUAAAGUAGGUCCUAGCAGACAUAAGACAGUCAUUGAUGCACCUUCCAAGAAAGAGGUCCUGUGGUCAAAUAUGUUUGUGAACCAGCUCAUGAAUGGUGGUAUAUGAAAGUCUCAGAGACAUCGGAAAGGAGAGUAACUAACGUGUUAAAUGUAUCCUGAUGUUUUUUUUCUCAACUUGUUUUUAAAUUUUAGUUUAAAUUUAUUUUUUCCCUCUUUCUGUACACUUAUUAACAUUAAAGUACAGUUUGGGAAAUACUGUUAUAAAGAUGAAGCUUUGGCAGAAAGGGAAAAGGAGGAAGAUAAUCCUUUGCCCAUAAGUCUUGUAAUUCUAAAAUGAGAUAUUUACACAGACUUAACAGAAACUUAAUAAACUCUAGAUAUCAUACUUACAUACAUUACCCACUUUGACGAAACCUAUUGGACUGAUUAGGGAGUUACUUUUGUUUAAUUUUUCGGCUACUGGAGGUUUUUUUUUUAAGUUCUGAUGUGAAAGGGGGAUCUGUUGGGGUUCCCUCAUUUUUUGUUCCAUGAGAGUUAACCACAUUCCAGCAGAUCUGCCUUUGGUUUGGUCUGGUUCAGUUAUAAGGCAAGCAGUAGAAUAUGCCAGAAACUUCAUGAAGUUUUACAUGUGGACACCACGCCCAUUUCCAUCACUCCAUCGCUUACUAGAGAUGAUUUUAGGCAACUUACUCAAACUCUCAAAGCUUCACUUUUCUCAUCUGAAAAUAGGGAUAGUAAUCGCUAUAUCCCGCUGUCUGGAGGAGGAGUCAAGCUGAUGUAAAGGGCUGGAGGACCAUGUCAUGCUAGCUUCUUUCUGAAAUAUUUGCUUGAGAACGAUGUAUUCUCCCCCUAGAAGUCUUUUAAUUCCCCCUGGAGAUUCAAUGGGGAAAACAGAAUGUUUGUGUUGGUUUCCACAAUGAUGACUCACAGAGUGCUGAUUUAUUGACUCAGUUAGUGAAGAAGUAAAAUUAGUGUUCUAUUUUAUGGGUGUGAAAUGAGCUAUUCAGCAAGUAUCGUGUAUGACAGGCCACACUCUGAGCCAGAGCUUACCUAGACACUUCCCAUCGUAUUUCACUUAUCAAUGAAAAACUGUUGCCUCCCGUAUCAGUAAACAAAGGAUGUUGCAGCCAUUGAGCCAUCGCAUUACAGCCUCCCUGAUGAUGAGCCCUGAGGGAGCUCAGGAUAGAAACGGGAUACCUGCCAUCAAGCAGUCAGCAGCUGCAGCCUCCCCCGUGGUGCAUCCAGAGACUCAGGAUGAGAAAACACAGGAUACUGGCCCCAGAUAGCUGAGGUGCAUAUCAAAGGAAUGUUUUCAGUGAGCCCAGACUCUUGCAUCUUCCCAUACAUAGAAAAGUCAAUUCCUUGACUUGAGAUGGCUGGUUUUCUUUAAUCAACAGCAAUCUUUUGAUGUUCUGACGACUUGGUCUUUGUUGCAAAAACUCCUAUAUAUCCUGGUUCCUCUCUCACCUCUUUGGAGCAGUCCCCCAGAGCUAUCUGAGAGGCUGUAUCCCAGGUUUAAGUCCUCAGUUUGUCCGUGGAAUAAAACAUA